AUCAAAAGUUUUGCUGUGCAUUUUGUUUGUGAUUUUUUUGCAAAUCCUAAGAAAUGUAAAAAAUGAUACAAUUUCAAGUUUAAAUUGAUUGGUUCAGUGAGGAAUACAAGGCAGCCUUUUAAGGAUGUCUUGCAAUUACGCAGAAGGAUUGUCGCCCUAUGAAAAUAAAGGAAUCUUGGGAGUACCAGAGAAAUUCGAUUCCCUGGAGAAAUUCAACAAAAAGUGCGAAUUACUGGCUCAGUUCAUAGAACAAGCGAAACAUGUGGUGGUACACACUGGGGCAGGCAUUAGCACUUCUGCUGGCAUACCCGACUUCAGAGGACCCAAUGGAGUAUGGACACUAGAAAGAGAAGGCAAAAGGCCUUCAGUGAACAUCUCAUUCACUGACGCCAAACCCACCAAGACCCACAUGAUACUCAAGAAGCUAGUAGAAUGUAACAAAGUACAUUACAUCGUCAGUCAGAACAUUGAUGGAUUACAUCUCAAGUCAGGCCUGCCAAGGAAGUAUUUAGCUGAGUUACAUGGCAAUAUGUUUAUUGAUGAAUGCAAUUUGUGUAAGAGACAAUUUGUACGUAGUUGCCCAGUGGAGACGGUAGGUAAGAAGUGCAGUGGGGUACCCUGUGCUGCUGAGCAUGUCACCGGUAGGCCAUGCAGGGGCAGACUGUAUGAUGGAGUACUGGACUGGGAGCACAGCCUGCCGGAGAAUGAUCUUACCAUGGCCGAGUGGCAGUCUAGUAUUGCAGAUUUAAGUAUAUGCCUUGGAACAACUUUACAAAUUGUGCCAAGUGGUAAUUUACCCUUAGAGACCAUCAAGUAUGAUGGAAAACUAGUCAUUUGCAACUUACAACCCACCAAACAUGACAACAAAGCAGACCUAAUAAUAAACUACUAUGUAGACGAAGUACUAGAAAAAGUGAUGAGCAUUCUCAACAUAGAUAUACCAACAUACUCUGAAGACGACAACCCAAUAAAGAGAGCUGCCUCCACUAUCAUAGAUUGGACAAUUGACAGACGCGACGUUCUAAAACUAGAGAAAAUAUUCAAAGCUAAAUGUAAAGGAGUGAAGAAAAAACGAAUUCUAAUAAAGAGUAAACGUAAUAGUACGGAAAUUAGCUCAGUUAAUGGUAUUAGUGAGGAUAAGUCUAAAGUAAUUAAGUUAGAAGUUAAGGAAGAACAAAAUGAAGAUUGUGUAGAAGUUAAGCCUGAACCUGUGGAGAAUGGAAGUGAAAAUGGUCAAUGUGUUGACACUUAAAAUGUUUUAAAAGAUGUGCAAGCAGGUAUUUAAUUUCCACUUGAUUAUGUUCAAAUGAAUUUAAUCUUUAUUAUUUUUAUAUGAGUAUAAAACUUAUUUUAACCAAGUACAAUCAUUCCACAAUGGAUCUUUCAGUGUUUUAAUCUUGUGAACAAAUAGAUUCAAAUGU